AUGCGCAAGAACAUGGGUAAUGCAAUCUAUGUUCUGUUCCUGCUCGCUACAAUGGCGGGCAUUGUCGGGUUGUUGGUGCUGCUGACUCAGAUAAUCGCCGAGGCCGCGCCUUGGCUCAAUUGGAACUUCCUUAAUUCGUACCCGUCGCGCCACCCCGAAGAGGCAGGCCUGAAGUCUGCCCUAUGGGGCAGCGUGUGGCUGAUGGGACUGACGGGUAUGUUCGCCAUUCCUAUCGGAGUGGGCGCCGCCAUUUACCUUGAAGAGUAUGCGGUGCAGAGCCGCCUGACCGGCUUCAUCGAAAUCAAUCUAUCCAAUCUCGCAGGCGUGCCGUCAAUCGUCUAUGGUUGCUGGGACUGA